AUGGCACGUUCCGAAGCGUCCAUCGAAUGUUCUUCGUCUGAAUCGCGUCUUUACACCUUCUCCGAUGAGACGAAGCAAAAGCUGAGAAAGUUCCGCUUGGGCACCUCGCGCGCCAAAGAUCCUCAGGCUAUCAUCUACGAGAUCGACAAGAAGACGUUGGAGAUACGGCCUAUAGACGGAGAAGUCUACUCGAACGUACAGGAGCUCGCCGAUGAGCUACCGGACCAUGCCCCACGCUUCGUGCUCCUCAGCUACCCGCUGACCCUGGACUCAGGAAGACUGUCGGUGCCCUACGUCAUGUUGUACUACCUACCCAUCACCUGCAACAGCGAGGUCAAGAUGUUGUACGCGGGCGCAAAGGAGCUGAUGCGAAACACGGCCGAGGUCAACAAGAUAAUUGAGAUCGACAGCGCCGACGACUUGGAAGAAAUCGAAGAGAAAUUGAAAGGCGAUUCAUAG